AUGGACACUGCCAAAGAAGCCAGUCAGGCCCCAGCGCAGAGCGCUGCUCCUGCUCCUACUACAGCUGAUGCGGAUUCUGGUAUCCUUUCUGCAAAGGAUUUAAAGGCACUUAAGAAAGCUGAGAAAGCUGCAAAGCGUGCAGCCCAAAAAGUGGCAGCUGGUCUUCCCGCGGUCUCGGAUCCGCGCCAGGCCAAGCAGGGCCAGCAACAGCAACAGCAACAAAGCCAGCAGGGUCAACAGGGCCAACAAUAUCAAGCAUCUUCCGAUAAAAGAUCUCAGCAAACUCCUAGAGGAAAUGUGGCUAGUCGAGAUGGCGGAUCGGCCCCUGUUGGAGGUGCACCAGGGUCUGCGGGUUCUAUUAGUCAUAACGCUGCCCCUAGUCGACUUACAUUGUUUGGACAUCUUGAGCAGACCCGGAUAACUUCUGCAGCCGAGGCAAAUAAAGAAGUUCAUCCCUCUGUUUUGUAUCUAGCAAUGCAAUUUGCAUCUUUCCACGUUGCAGGUUCUGCAGAACGGUGUCGUGCGAUGCUGCUUGCGUUCCAGGAUGUGAUUCGAGAUUACAAGACCCCAGAGGGAACUACGCUGUCGAGAAAUUUGACAAAUCAUUUGAGUCACCAAAUUGAUCACCUUAAAACAGCACGACCGUUGAGCAUUGCUAUGGGAAAUUCCAUUCGAUGGCUUAAGCAAGAGAUUACCAACUUAGGCAUUGAUGUGAGUGAUGCUGAGGCUAAGGAUCAUUUACAUGACCAGAUUGACAAUUUUAUUCGUGUGCGUUUAGACUAUGCGGACCGGGUGAUCGUUGAGAAUGCAAUUAACAAUAUUAAUGACGGUGAUACAAUUCUGACAUAUUCAUCGUCUAAGGUGGUGCUUUCGACAUUGAUUGCUGCUCAUAAGCAGGGGAAACGGUUUAAGGUAGUUGUGGUGGAUUCGCGGCCAUUGUUUGAAGGUAAGAGCGUUGCCAAGAUUUUGUCUAAAGCAGGGAUUUCGACAUCAUAUACUCUGCUGAAUGGUUUGACUUACGUGCUCAAAGAUGUUAAGACAGUAAUGGUUGGUGCACAUGCUAUGCUUUCGAAUGGAAUGCUUUACUCCCGUGUGGGCACUGCCGCCGUAGCGCUGGCAGCAUCUUCGCGUAAUAUCCCUGUGGUUGUUCUGUGUCAAUCCAUCAAGUUUUCUGAUAAGGUACUGCUUGAUUCUUUUACAUUUAAUGAACUUGGUUCGCCCGAUGCACUCAUUAAUUUAUCCAGAUCUAUGGACAAGCUGCCGGUACCUUCGGCAGCGCUCAAGAACUGGAAGACUACACCAAACCUUCAUGUCACACAUGUGCUAUACGAUAUUGCGCCACCAGACUUUAUUAAAAAGGUUGUUACUGAAUUUGGCAGUCUGCCCCCAAGCUCUGUGCCUGUAAUUUUGCGCGAGUACAAGUCGGGAUACUGA